CAAAUAUAAAUAAAUGGAGAUUAAGCUUACAAAAGAAUGAAGUAAGAGAUUCUUUUGGGUCACAGAGUAGGAAUUUUUGGUUUCUUUCUCACUUUAGGAGGGAACACAGACAGUAUCUCUCUCUCCUUUUGCUUUUCUCUUCUUUUCCUUUCUUCCCUUUGUUGUUUUUUUUCCUUCUUAACGAUUACAUUCACUUUAUGUUUUCUUGGACUCCAAGUGGCUCUUAUGUUGGACUGUAAACUAACGCAUUAUGUUAUAUGUAAUCACAUUAAAAACAUACCCUUUUGAUUCUCCCAAGUUGUUCUAGCUUGUUGAGUGUUUUUCACUGCAACGCUUGGUUUCUGAUAACUGCUGCUGCUGCUGCUGCUACACAUAUUAUACACAAUACACUCCUUGUAAUCUUUUGAGGGAAAAGAAAGAAAAGUAAAGAAGAAGAGAAACAAAGAUGGCAGGUGGACAAGCUGCACCACCACCAAAACAAGAAGAGUUACAGCCACAUCCAUCCAAAGAUCAGCUCCCAAAUAUUUCUUUCUGCAUAACUAGUCCUCCACCAUGGCCCGAGGCAAUUCUACUUGGUUUCCAACAUUACCUGGUGAUGCUUGGCACAACUGUUUUGAUCCCGGCAUCUCUUGUUCCACAGAUGGGAGGAGGCAAUGAGGAGAAAGCAAAAAUGAUUCAGACGAUAUUGUUUGUGGCUGGUUUGAACACAUUGUUUCAAACCUUUUUUGGGACUCGGCUACCUGCUGUGAUCGGAGCUUCUUAUACCUUUGUGCCAGCAACCAUUUCAAUCAUUUUGGCUGGUCGAUACAGUGAUGUUUUAAAUCCACAGGAGAAAUUUGAAAGGAUAAUGCGUGGAACCCAGGGUGCUCUUAUUGUAGCAUCGACUCUCCAGAUCGUAAUUGGCUUUAGUGGACUUUGGCGUAAUGUUGCGAGGUUCCUAAGUCCAAUUGCUGCUGUUCCCCUAGUUGCUUUGUCAGGUUUUGGGCUAUAUGAGUUUGGUUUUCCUGUGCUUGCAAAAUGCGUGGAGAUUGGGCUGCCACAACUCAUCAUUCUGAUACUAAUUUCACAGUAUGUACCUCAUUUGAUACGUGGGGAGAAGCAUGUCUUUGAUCGCUUUGCUGUUAUAUUCUCGGUGGCGAUUGUUUGGAUUUAUGCUCAUCUGCUCACUGUGGGUGGGGCUUACAAGAAUACAGGGCCUAAAACUCAAUUAAGUUGUAGAACUGAUCGCGCUGGAAUUAUUGGCGCUGCUCCAUGGAUAAGAGUUCCAUAUCCUUUUCAAUGGGGAGCUCCCACGUUUGAUGCGGGAGAAGCUUUUGCUAUGAUGACUGUUUCGUUUGUUGCUCUUGUAGAGUCCACAGGUGCUUUCAUUGCUGUGUCAAGGUAUGCAAGUGCAACUCCACUGCCACCUUCUAUUCUUAGCCGUGGUGUUGGUUGGCAGGGAGUGGGCAUUCUGUUCUCUGGGAUAUUUGGAACUGGAAUUGGGUCAUCAGUUUCUGUUGAAAAUGCAGGUUUAUUAGCAUUGACACGUGUUGGUAGCCGAAGGGUUGUCCAAAUAUCAGCUGGUUUCAUGAUCUUCUUUUCCAUCCUUGGAAAAUUUGGAGCUGUCUUUGCUUCAAUCCCAGCACCAAUCAUUGCAGCUUUAUACUGCCUGUUUUUUGCCUAUGUGGGUUCAGCAGGCCUCAGUCUUCUUCAGUUUUGCAAUUUAAACAGCUUCAGGACAAAGUUUGUAUUAGGCUUCUCUAUUUACAUGGGCUUAUCAAUACCUCAAUACUUCAAUGAAUAUACAGUUGUUAAAGGCUAUGGUCCUGUCCACACUGAAGCAAGAUGGUUCAACGAUAUGAUCAACGUGCCCUUCUCAUCGGAAGCAUUUGUUGCUGGCUUGUUGGCCUUUUUCCUUGACGUCACACUGCACCGGAAAGACAAUCAAACCAGGAAAGAUAGAGGCAUGCAUUGGUGGGAUAGGUUCCGGUCAUUCAAAACAGACACAAGAAGCGAGGAAUUCUAUUCCCUGCCCUUCAAUCUGAACAAGUUUUUCCCAUCUGUUUGAUCUUUGGGGCAUGUAGUUUUGACUUGUAACCAAAUCAUGCUCCUCCAAUAUCACUUUGUUGGUAUCACACUAUGUAACAUCGAUCGCAUUUUUCUCUUUUAUCGUAAGUUGUUUAACUAUAUAAAUCAACUUAGCACUUAGCAGUACUAAUGAAUACCUUCUUUUCGCA